AAGUACGAUAUCCGUACACCCUCAACCAUCUUCCCAGAUAUCAACAACGGGUCAGCUGGGCCCGUAGAAACAAUACAGUCAUGUCUGGCGCCACCCCCACAAGUGAAGCAGUGCCCAGCCAGUUCAGAGCCAUCUUCUUCCAACCAUGUCAAGGACCUCUCCCAAAGAAACCACCUUGGCUGCGAGACCUCUGAUUUUCUUAAUUUAUUUCCUCCAGAGUUAAAUCUCGAUCCAAGCAGCUUAUAUGUCACUUCUUCUGGACCCACUAAUGGAACCGACAUAUCACCCUUCGAGUGUGUUGAACAUGAUUUCUUUGGGGAUUUUAAUCCCCUCAAGUUCGAUAUGUCUUGGAGCCCGUGCCCAGCGUACAACAUGACGUCCAAUUAUCUUCCAAUGGAGGAGCGUCUUCACAGCGUUUCUCGUCCCAACGACCUGUUCCGACUCGGGUCUUCAAAAGACGACUUAACCGGAGCUUUAUAUCCUCAACCUAACCCUUAUACGAAUCCAGAGAGCCGAGCUCUAGCCCAUCUGUCUCAAGAUCAUCCUACCUACCCUCAACAGCCUUUUACUUCAACGCCCUCCACCUCCAUCCACCAUCCACCAUCCCUCUCUCCUCCCACGAACGCCCCUCCCUCGCGCAUCCAAAAACGCAAAGUCAACACCCUAGCAGCUCGCAGGUACCGCCAGAAACGAGUCGAUCAGAUGAGUGACCUUGAGACGAAGCUGAAGGAAAUCCGGGCUGAGAGGGAUGCAUUGAAAAUGAAAGCUGCAAGGUUGGAGGGUGAAGUGGAGGUUUUGAGGGUGUUGGUGGGGAGGUGAGGGGUUUGGAACUGUGUUCGGCUGCGCUUGAGG